UGUCAAACCUGGCAACCCGCAGGAUUAGGGAAAACAUUUUUAUCUGUGAGGAAGUCGAUGAUCGGGACCAUAAAAAGUGUUCGUAAUGAUACGUUUGGAUAUAAUGUUCUUUUUCAGCCGGAUUUGUCUGCAGCAAUGAAGAAAGUCGUUACAAAGACGCAUCUGAUCAAAUGAAUAGCUAUUUUUCUUUUAAAUUAACUUAAACUAUGACCGACCAUGGUGGUUUGACAAGCUAACUUCCGGUCAAACGUUCACGCGCGCACUGAAACGCGUCGAUUCCAGGUAUUCUGAAGAGUAAAAACAUCACCCGAGGCGCUGGACAUGAGUGGGAAGUGUGUCUUGUGGCGUUCCUGAACUUUGGCUGACAGAAUGGCCGGCAUUUCCACGUACGUGGAGGAUUUCAGGCGGGGGCUAAAGUUGGACGUCCUGCGGGAGACCGCGCGUCAGUAUCCCAUGUCCUGCUGCCUGAUCCUCUGCCUGCUUUUGCUGACGGCGCUGCUCAACAGCUACCUCCACGUCUUGAUGAUCUUCUGGUCCGUGCUCGCCGGCGUCGUCACGUUCUACUGCUCCCUGGGACCAGAGUCUCUGGUUCCCAACAUCUUCUUCAGCGUGAAGCACAGGAACAAGCGGCAGGAGUCGGCGUUGUUCCCUCUGGGCCACAGCUGUGCCGUGUGCGGGAAGGUCAAGUGCAAGCGGCACCGACCGACGCUCCUCCUGGAGAACCACCAGCCGUGGUUGGAGCUGAAGGUCCAUUCAAAGGUGGACGCUUCCAUAGCAGAGGUGUUCGAGUUGGUUCUGGAGAACUUCGUGUAUCCCUGGUACAGGGAGAUCACAGACGACGAGGCGAGUUUGGACGAGGUGAGGAUGACGUUCCGGUUCUUGGCGUCCGUGCUCGUCCGUCGAGCUCAGAAGGUCGAUAUUCCAGGUGUGUUUGCCGACAAAGUGAUGAAGGCGGCCAUGAAGCACAUCGAGAUCAUCGCUAAAGCUCAAGAGAAAGCCAAGAACGCAGACGCUCUGGAGCGAGCCGCUCUGGAGGAAUACGGUCCCGGCCUUCACGCCGCUCUGUACAGCAGGAAGAAUGAGCUGCUCUACCUGAGGAAGCUGACGGAGAUGCUGCUUCCUUACGUCCUGCCGCCUAAAGCGACGGACUGCAGGUCUCUGGCUCUGCUGCUGCGGGAAGUGAUGUCCGGAUCCGUCAUCCUCCCGACCAUGGACUUCAUGGCCGACCCCGACACCGUGAACCUCAUGGUCCUCAUAUUCGUCGACCACUCUCCACCAGAACCAGCCACAGAGCCUCCGUCUCCGCUGGUUCCGUUCCUACAGAAAUAUGCAAACGGCAGCACCAAGAAGUCCUCAGUGCUGAAGCUGGAGCUGAAGGACAUCCGGGAGCAGCAGGAUCUGCUCUUCCGCUUCCUCAACUUCCUGAAGCAGGAGGGCGCCGUGCACGUGCUGCAGUUCUGCCUGGCCGUGGAGGAGUUCAACGAUAAGAUUCUGAGUCCGGAGCUGAGCGACGGCGAGCUGCGGCGUCUGCACGGCGAGGUGCUUCACAUCUACGAGACCUACUGCCUGGACGAGAGCGUGGACAAGAUCAGCUUCGACGCGUCCAUCGUGGAGGAGAUCAGGAACAUCGCCUCGGCGCCGUACUCGGACGUGGUGAGGCUGCAGAAGACGACGUGUCUGUUCGAGGCGUACGAGCACGUCCUGUCUCUGCUGGAGACGGUCUUCACGCCCAUGUUCUGCCACAGCGAUGAGUAUUUCCGACACCUGCUGAGAGGAGCUGAGCCGCACGCCAGAAACUCCAAAACCAACAGGAACGUACCAAGAAGAGGGGAGUCCUUCAACAUGAGGAAGCUCAGCAGCAAGCUGAAGGACGUGUUCAGAAGCACCACCAUGGAGGGGGCCAUGCUGCCCCCCAGUGAAGAAGACGUGGUGGAGGAGGCGGCGGCGGUCUACGAGGACGAGUCCUCCUCCGAAGUGGCCGCCGCGCCGGGCAUCCAGAGGAACCUGUCGGCGUGGAGGGUCAGCAUCCCCUUCAUCGACUUCUGCGAGGAUGAAGUCAAACGGGAGAAGAUCCCCGUUUUCUGCAUCGACGUGGAGCGCAACGACAGGAAGGAUGUCGGCCAUGACACCGAGAAGUGGUUCGUCCCCAGGAGAUACCUGGAGUUUUACGUUCUGGAGUCAAAGCUGACGGAGUUUCACGGAACGUUUGCAGACGCACAGCUUCCAUCCAAGAGGAUCAUUGGACCCAAGAACUACGAGUUCCUUCAGUCCAAAAGGGAGGAGUUUGAGGAAUACUUACAGAACCUCCUGAAGCAUCCGGAGCUCAGCAACAGCCAGCUGCUGGCGGACUUCCUGUCUCCGUUCAGCAUGGAGUCGCAGUUCCUGGAGAAGAUGCUGCCUGACGUCAACCUGGGAAAGAUCUUCAAAUCCGUUCCUGGAAAGUUGAUGAAGGAGAAAGGACAGAACCUGGAGCCGUUCAUCCAGUCCUUCUUCAACUCCUGCGAGUCGCCCAAACCCAAACCCAGUCGGCCCGAGCUCACCAUCCUCAGCCCCACCGCCGAGAUCAAGAAGAAGCUUUUUAGCGCCCUCUACCAGAACAACAUGGACCUGCAGGAGGACGCCGUGAGGAACCACAGGUCCAACUGCUUCCUGGAGAUGAUGACGGUCCACGGCAUGUAUGACUACAUGAUGCACGUGGCGCGGGUCGUGUUCCGCAUCCCAGACUGGCUGCAUCACCUGCUGGCAGCUGGAAGGAUUCUCCUGAAGAACACGUUGGAGGCCUACAUGGACCAGUACAUGCAGUCCAAACUGGACCAGGUCCUCCAGGAGCACCGCAUGGUGUCCCUCAUCACGCAGCUCAGAGACGCAGUUUUCUGUGAGAGCGGUGAGAAGCGGACUGCAGAAGACAGACAGGCCCGGGCCAAGCAGACCUUCCAGGAGAUGAUCAGAUACUUACCAGACUUUGUGGGGAAAUGCAUCGGAGAAGAAGCCAAACAUGACGGCGUGCGGCUCCUCUUUGAUGCUCUGCAGCAGCCGCUCCUCAACAAGCAGAUGGCGUACGUCCUGCUGGACAUCGCUGUGCUGGAGCUGUUCCCUGAACUCAACAAGGUGGGGACAAAGGAACCGUUUAUUGUGUGAUUGAUGGACAAUAUUCUGAGCUUUGGCUCCUUCACUGCAUUCCAGAUGCUGCUGCACUAAUAAAAAGAUUAUUUAUUAAAA